AUGGCUUUCAGUGCCUCGCCCUCGCCACCACCAAUGACCACAAGACAGAAAGCUCGUCAUGUCGCCCAGGCAGGACAGCCACGUCUGAAGUAUGUGGUGGACAACCUCAACCUUGACAGCACUGAGGCAGACUCCAUCGAAGUCAAGGAAGUAGUCCGCGAGAGAUUCAACAGUCUGUGCGAGGAAGCUGGCUGGAUGCCCACGGAUGCCAUCAGGCGUGCACUAAUGGUGCUCACCAAGAUUGAUGCCGGAUGGAGACAACGCGAUUGCGAAGCAGCUCUGUUUGCUUUCGUACAGCACCUCGACUUCGUGUGGAUGAAUGGUUGGGUCCUCCUCGGUAGGAAGAAGUUCAAGGCUGGAGUCCUCUGCGUCUGGUACCGCCCAAUUUACUCUACAAAGAGCCGAUCGAUCGAGUUUUGCUACGGCUCUCAAAAGACCGUCUUCAAGCCUGUUGACCUCAACGACAGAGUCGACAAAGACAAAGUUUGGCUGCCAUUCACCAAGCUCUUCGACCUACCCAACCUCUCAAGAGACAAGCAGAAUCUAUAUCUCGUCGGCGUUUUUGAGAUACUACAAAAGUUCACGUACAUGCGCGGUUUUCUGGACCCCAAUGGCUCUGAGGAUUCUGCUUUGAGGCCUGCCAGUGUGGAACUUCCUUUUCUCCCUGGUUCUGGGUGGCUGAAGCAACAGAGACUGCUCAUGGUCGAUACUGAGCAAGACCCUGCCGUCGAGCCGCGCGGUAGACUCCAACCAAAGUCGUCGAGUGGGUUUAGUAUGGAUACUCAUGUCGAAAGUGAUGGAGCCUACCAUCCUAGCAACUCUACAUCAGCAGCCAGUACGACCAGUAGCAUUGCUAGACCUCGAUACAGCGCUGUGUCGAUUGUCAAUAGUACAGAUCCAACUGAUUCAGUCUCUACAAGUAAUUCUUCGAGAACCGAGCUUGAGCGGAUGCGCAGACAGAAGCGCAAGGCUACCAGCAGUCCUGAUGGGUCGCCAACUCGAAAACAAGGUCGCCCUUCAAAUGCUGGGAAGCACCCAAUCAAGAGUCUGUAUCGAAGCCACUGCCAAAGGUUUGAGUGGACCCCCUCCGAAACCACACUCCAAACAAUUGUCGACCUACUAGGCGCUCAUGACGUCGAAGUCAGCAUUGCGGAGGCGUCUCUCCUCGCAUUUGUUCAGUAUGUCGACGUCGUGUGGGAGAAUGACAGGAUUUUCAUCGGCUCUCGUAAGGUCGAAGGCGCUCAACGAUAUGAGCGUGUUUGGUACAAGACAGUCCACCGCGACGGUAUCUAUCACGGAGAAUUCUCUGUCGACGCCGGGAAGCAGACAUGCUCGUUGUCAGUCAGAAAUGCAAAGAUCGAGCACUUCUCGCCUUUCUUCGAUACUCUUUUCGACAUGAAAGACCUUGGAAGUGCGAACAGCAAGCAACAGGAUGUCUACAUCGCUGGCACCUAUCUCAUACUGCUGCGAUAUCCUGCACUGCGUAGAUAUCAGAGACGUAGCUCAGGAACUGGCAUCAAGCUGGCUCCGCGUUCAGAAGAGUUCGAGCGACCAUUUUCGCCCGAGUCGUCUCAGUCGAAUGCCAUCUUGCAAGCCAUUCAUCCUUCGUCCUCUAGUGAACCUGCGUCCAGCAUUGGGCUGCAACCCACUCCCGGCGUACAGUUUAGGCAGAGCGAUAGUGUCGCACGAAUUCUGGCCGAAGUCCUCCAGGAACAAGAGACACAUUGCAAGAUCACGGCCAUGAUCCAGAAGAGCGCGCGUGCCUUCAUAGCAGAACCAGAGCCAACAACCAGUUCCGAUGCACUAGGUAGCCCGCCGUGCGCCGAACCUUCCCAGGUGUCUAUCACCAUCCCAAAGACAUUGAGGCUUCCCCAGCAGCCUCAGGAGCAAAGUGCUCUUGGUAUCGUUCACCGCCUCCUGCUCAAUGCUCAAAUCUCGAGUUUUGUCGAAACCACGUGCGAUAGAACCCAGCUUGUGAUGGUCACCAACCUUCCUGCCAAUUUGUUCCGCCCAACCAAUCUCGGAUUUUGUCCCGUGGUAUCAUUUGGGAUAUCGCCUAUCUUGCCCUCCCGUGAUUACAUCGUGAAAGGGUUGGAAAUGAUUGCGCUGGGAAGAGUUGAGCCUCGCCAGUCGACUGCAUCCCAGCAACGUGUCGCGGCCUCCCAAGAACGCCCUCUACCGGCCCCUGUCGCUGUGAUGAUGCGCGCACCAGAGAAGUCGAACGGUAGCAGGAUUACAAUCAAUCAAGCUCGAGAGCUUCUUCAUCGUCCUCGUGCGAAGAUCGAGGCCUCUGGACAUGAGAAGGAUGGAGGGCUUGAACUUUUCCGGUUUGGAAUCACAUUUACUUCCAGCGCAAUCGAGCAACCCGCUAUCAAGCUCGACUUCAGCACCGUCCUCUCCAAGGACACUCCGCCUGUUAGCCUUACCAAAAGCCAGGCUUUGGCGGCUCUUUUCGAGUUCGCAAGAGAAGACGAAGAGUCGCAGCAGGCGAAGUAA